GGCGUGCUCGUACCGCCCCCUUCUCUUUUGCUAAGAUUGAACAUGGAGACAGUUGGUAAAGUGAUCAAGUGCAAAGCUGCUGUUGCUUGGGAAGCUGGGAAGCCUCUUUCCAUUGAAGAAGUGGAGGUAGCCCCACCUAACACCCAUGAAGUGCGCAUCAAGCUCUUUGCCACAGGUGUUUGUCACACAGAUGCCUACACUCUUAGUGGCAGUGACCCUGAAGGUCUCUUUCCUGUUAUCCUGGGGCAUGAGGGUGCUGGGACAGUCGAGAGUGUUGGUGAAGGUGUCACCAAAUUUAAACCAGGUGAUACUGUCAUCCCAUUGUACGUGCCACAGUGCAGUGAAUGCAAAUUCUGCAAGAAUCCCAAGACUAACCUCUGUCAGAAAAUCAGAGUAACUCAGGGCCAGGGUGUCCUCCCAGACAAGACCUCACGCUUCACAUGCAAAGGAAAGCAGGUCUUCCAUUUUAUGGGGACCAGCACCUUCUCGGAGUACACCGUGGUAGCUGACAUCUCGCUGGCAAAGGUGAACGAGGGUGCUCCACUGGACAAAGUGUGCCUUCUUGGAUGUGGCAUUUCCACAGGGUAUGGUGCUGCAAUUAACACUGCCAAGGUUGAGCCUGGUUCUACAUGUGCCAUAUUUGGCCUUGGAGCUGUUGGUUUGGCUGUUGUUAUGGGUUGUAAGGUUGCUGGAGCAACCAGGAUCAUUGGCAUUGACAUCAACCCUGAAAAGUAUGAGAAAGCCAAAGAGUUUGGUGCGACAGAGUUUGUGAACCCCAAGGACCACAGCAAGCCCAUACAGGAGGUUCUGGUGGAGAUGACUGAUGGGGGUGUGGACUAUUCCUUUGAGUGCAUUGGAAAUGUUUCAAUCAUGAGAGCGGCUCUGGAGGCGUGCCACAAAGGCUGGGGCGAAAGUGUCAUUAUUGGUGUUGCUGGUGCUGGACAAGAGAUUUCAACCAGACCAUUUCAGCUGGUCACCGGGCGGGUGUGGAGGGGGACGGCCUUUGGAGGCUGGAAGAGUGUGGAGAGCGUUCCUAAACUGGUGGAAGACUACAUGAGUAAGAAGCUGAAGGUGGAUGAGUUUGUGACCCACACGCUGCCCUUUGACAGCAUCAAUGAGGCGUUUGAACUCAUGCAUGCUGGAAAGAGUAUCCGCACAGUUCUGACUUUCUGAAGUGCCUGAAAUGUUGACGUCCUUCACAUCUGGCCUUUUUCAAUAACUUACUUUCUUUACAUGAAACGUGAUAAAUUUUAGUGUUUUAUUAACAACAACAUUUAAAUCUGAAACUGACUUGUUGUCAUUACUGUUUGAUUUUACUUGAAAUUGUACUUGUUUUCUGUAAUGGGGUGGUUGCCUCCUGUUCUUUAUUGAUUAAGCUGAUACAUUAUAAAACAUUACUACACAAGCAUUUAGCUGCUAGUUAAUCGGUUUUGUUUGUCCAGUAAGUGUUACAAUAUACACAAGCAUUUAGCUGCUAGUUAAUCGGUUUUGUUUGUCCAGUAAGUGUUACAAUAACUUCAUUUAAAAUACGCACUUACAACUUUAGCAACCACAGAGCAGGCACAACCUCGCAAACCCCCCUGAGAGAGGUUUAAGCCAGUGGCAGGCUGUGCAUUUUACACUUCAACCAUCACAACAAUCAUCCGGUAAUAAAACACAGUAUCACAUCAUAAAUCAGAAAUCACAGACAGGGUUGUGUGCGCGUGCGUGUGCAUGAGAGAGCUGAGAGAUUUGUUUUUAACAGCAGAUGGAAUCACUUAAAUUCUGAAGGUUUUUCACCCAGAAACAGCAGGAGGAAAUUCAACUGGAUAAAAAGAAGCUCUCAUCCAAAUGAGCUGAUCUGGGAGAAGUCCAGAAAUCAUUUCAUUGCUAUAAAUAAAUGGAAUGAUAUUUGUCAAAUACAUAUAACAUGAAUUAAAAUGUACAAUACAUUUUUUUACACUGACCAUAUCGAGGCCUGUGCAGAAAGUCACUGCAUUAAAGCUGUAAUGGUUUAAAAAAAAAAAAAAAGGGAAACAAUUUGUUGA